AUGAGCACCGCGGAGCCCAUCAAUGAGGCCCAAAAUUUGAGUUCCAUGCCCGAAGACGUGCUCCGCGCCGUGCUCGCGCGCGCGCGAUUCGACGACCAGGCCGCGCUCAAACGCGUCUGCAAGCGGUUUCUCGCCGUCAUCUCGAGCCGUUCGUUUCGCGAGGAGCGCCGCGCGAGCGGGUGCCUCGAGCAUACGGUCCUCGUGAUGAAAUACGAGACGUUUUGGUGGGAGUGGAAGCACAUCUGCUGGCUCUUGCGCCAGCCGGCCAAGGAUUCCAAAACUGGGAACCGUGCGUGGCGGCCGGAGAAUAGCGAUGGGUCCUGGACCACGCUGGUCGCCAUGAAGACUUUUCAAUACUCGAUUCCGAUCUUUGCCUUCGACGGCGAGGGCGCCGUCGCGCGGUUCUCGUUCGGGGGCCUACCGUGCGACGGGCCAGGCGGCAUGGUGUGGGCCGUCGCGACGCUCGGAUAGGACCCCACCCCCCCAACGACUAAGAGCCCUCUCCUUACCCGGGAAACCCGCC